AUGUGCAACGCAAGUAGGGUGCCGCGGGAGGGAUUCGGACCAGGAACCCCUCGGGUGAGAACUGACGCUCUUAACCGCUCGGCCACGUCCGGACAGCAGGCUAAAAAAAGAAGUAAUAUAUACUUAGAAAACAACGAUCUGUCCCACAUUUGUAGACCCUUUUCCAUUUCCUGAGAUUAAAAUCUGUCGGAAAUACUCGAUUCGCUCUCCACUGGGCGCGAGGGACCACUGACCACCGAUCCUGAAGAACGCAGUGCAUUAUUGAAAUCGAACACAGAUAAGUUAAAUACUGGCAUGUCGACACGCUGUGAUAGAUGCCGGGAAAUAAGCACCAGAGUUUCGAGAUAAGAAGCAGAUAUCGAUUUCCUCACAGAAAUAAUAGCAUCACUCCUCAAGCAUACAACAAUUCAAUCCCGAGAACAUAAUGCAAAAGAUAUGAAAAACACAAAUAAAAAGGACCAUAGGAAUCUCAGGAAACUGGAAAAGGGCGACGGGCGUCACGUUCAGCGAAACCAAAAGAGGCAACGACCGAAGUCGUCAGACAAAUCUUCCGACUCAAUCGAAAUAAAGGAGAACAAAAAGAAAACAAACGAAGAUGAAACUAGUUCUCGCGUUUCCUUAAGUUUGGCAAAUCCGGGGCAUGAAGAGUCCGUCUGCACCAAAAUAAGGCAGCGAUCGACGACAACAAGGAAAACUGUAGGCCGUAAUCCUUUAGAUUCACCUAAACCACGAAAGAACGGUAGCAGCUCUCUCUACAUAUGUCCAUUUGACUGUAAUGCAACAAGUCAGGUGAGGCGGCAAAGCAAAGGCGCAAAAGCGUCCAUCAUGGAGACAGGUUUUUUCCGGAAAAAUCACUUUGCUGGUAGUCCAAGGAGUCCCUGAGGCAACUGGCGAAAACCCAAAGGAGAGAGCAAAGUAGGGUCUGUUGACAGUCCGAGAUUUAUUAAAUGGCACUCAAGAACCCGGUGAGGUGGUUGAAAUGCAAAAGAUCCUUCAUUUGAGGCCUGCAGUUAGAGGCAACACAGAGCAGAUGCGACCAAGGCCACUGAAAGUCGUCUUGGGUAGCAAGCAGCAGGCAGAUCUAAUCAGGUCUCGAAAGUCCAGACUAAGGAACAACAACCGCGGAGUGUUUCUUCCGCCAGACUACUCUCCCGUCGAUCGAAUGAAAAGGUGAACACUGACAGUAGAGCUGAAAAGGUGUCAGAGAGAAGGAGCAAACGAAACUGAAGAUUGUAGGCAACGAAAUCAUCAAUACGGAACGUAGAUUUCUAUUGAAUCAUCCGGUGAAAUUGACGGUUAACACGGCAGUUAUCAGUUCCAUCGAACACUUGUAAAUCUGAAGACAGACAGUGGACCGAAUAGUUCGUGCGAAAUGUACAACAGUAACUGUCAGAUGUAACAACCGACAAACAAUCUCCAGAGACCGAGGGAGCUAAAAACAUGAUAAUGAUGUGAAAAAACUUACAGAGUCUUACCAACAAUUUGGAUGAAAUUAAUCUGACCAUGGCACAUUUGCAAUCUGACUUUAUAACUCUCACAGAAACAUGGCCGUAUGAGCAAAUAGCAGAUGCAGAAGUCACGCUGGACGGAUUCCAGUUUAUUCGCACGGAUCGAAGUGGACGUAGGGGUUGAGGAAUCGCGAUUUUCAUAUGGGACGGCAUCAGCUACGUAACAGGUGGGUCCUCCCCAAAAGGGAACACUGGUUGUGAAAUCCAUAGUUGUAAAUUGUAAGUGCCCAAUCAACCGAACCUCCUGUUGCUCUGGUAAGGAAGGAUACGGACGACAAAUUCAUCACAGGGUUAAAGCAGAUCAGCCGUCGCAAACACGUAAUAAUAAUACUUGAAGGUUUUAAUUCUUCAGACAUCAAUUGGGAAUCGAUGCACUGCACGCCAUCAGAAAACUCAUUCGAACAGAAGCUGCUCCUGUUGCUUACAAACGAAUUCCUUACUUAACAUGUUACAAUGAAUACCCGAUUCCAAAGCGAACAGCAAAGCUGUUUGGACCUUAUCAUUACCAGGGAUGAGAACUGUGUCCUUGGAGUAACUUUUAACACGCCUCUGGGCCGAAGUGAUCAUUGCGUUCUUGAUUGGAAUUACAGUCAUUUUUCUGUACCCGAAAUCCGAACCGAAAGGGAGAAAAAUGUAUGGCAAGGGAAUUAUUCCAAAAUGAAAGACUAACUGACUGAGAUAGAAUGAAAACCUGCGCGUGUAUCUGACCCAAACGCCGAUUGGGUUUUCUUUAAGAAAGUGAACUGAUACUUGGCAGAAAACUGCUGCCCGCUCAAACGUAGGUCGUGCGUCUCCCGACCGGAGUGGGUGACAUCAGAAAUAAAAAGAUAUCUCAAAAAGAAAAGAAGACUGUGGAGGAGAUACACAACGUGUCAACAAUCCGAACAUCUCUCGGAAUAUAAGGAACAGCGAAAUAGGUGUCGGCGUCUACUGAGAGGAGAAAGAGCAGCAUUUAUAUCAAAAAUAGUCAAAAAGUACCAAAACAUCUAAAGAAGGUCUUUCCAUACGUGAAUAAGACAAGACGUAAUGGAAACUCCGUGCCCUGUCUUAAGAAUUAUCAGGAAAAUAAGUAGUCGCCCAUACAAUCUUCGCGACUCGUCCUUGAUUAUACCUCCUCCAGCGUCCUCCACCUAUAAGUGUUCCCUUUUUUCGCAUCCAGAUCUACUUUCCUCUACCUUCCAAUAAAUAUGAGAUCUUCAGAAAAUCUACACUUCUUUAAGAGAAGGCUACGCCUUUAUCUGAAUACUAACUCUAUUAAACUUUUAUUUUCCUCAUGCUUCCCAGACAACUUUUCUAUGACACUGAGAAAGGGCAACCACAACCUUAGCCACUGCGACAUCACCCUCUGGUAAAUGCAGCACACGCCGAAUGGGGACCACUUGAGCUUGACCCACGUGCCUACGAAAACGGCUGCCACAAAUGCCUCUCGGAAUCUCAGAAAUGACUGGACGCAGUCAACACCAACCAUGGCUUAUCCAGGGCCACUGCCGCCUGAAAAAACAAAUCCGGGUUCUUUUUACAUUAAAUUCCUCAUUCUGGUGCCUUCUGUCUUCUCCUUCCAACAUCGAAUUUGACUUGAUGAUUGCAGCGCGCUGAAUUAACACUCACACCGCUUGGUCAAAAGAUGUCUCUCUCAGGCCCACCACCAUAUUCUAAUUUUAACAUAAAAGUCGAUUCUUCAGCUCUUGACUCUAAACACUUUCUGAAAACUCGAUGCGGUGAAUAAGAAAUGCAGACUACAUAGGUGAGAAUUUACGAAAACCACUGAUAUCGGACAGUUGAAAGUGUCCGUCGGUAAGAAAACGUUGCCAGCUGAAUUGCAAAACAGAUUUUGUUGCUAAAAAUGCAUUUUUAUCUUUUCUCAUUUAUACUACGCUUGUUUUACACUUAUUUCCUUGAAAUCACGUUUACUAGAGUUGCAUUAACUAUGUAAAUUAUCACAAACCCGCGUAUUCCAAAGUCGCGUAUGUAAGCCUUCUGGACCAAUCAAAAGUCGAGGACGGGAUUUACAUUCUCUGUUGCCUUAUUGCUUUCCGCUUUGCGGAAAAGCAGUGACGAAUUUAUUGCUCGCGCCAAACAUAAAAGAAAUACAUUUUGACGAAAAAGGUGAGAUUGAACUUUUUUACUGGAGGAUUCCAAAUUAUUUUUGGACGCUAUUAUUGUCGCUAGCGUAUGCCACCUAGUUGACGCAGCUAUAUUUUUACUCUUGGAAGGAGCGAGUUGUAAACCGAUUACUGGUUUUGUAAACAGAGUCUCUUUAAUCAGAAUCUUUUUUUCCUCACCUUUUGGGGACGCGACUUUCUAGGUGCCUUUUUGUGAGAUACCCAAGGCAUAUGUCCUCGAGGACAGACUCCACGCUUACCUAUAUAGGCCAUAUGUGCAGAGGAAAAGAUAACCGGAACCCCGUUCUUGCCUGAUACUUUCGAUUGGAUUUUAGCACUUAGUAUACGAGGGGAUUUAGAGCAGACUUUCACCGUUAUCCCGCGAAUACUUUGGAUAUGCGUGCUUAUGUGAAGUUACUUCUGUCGUGUAAUUAAUCCUUACUGAAUUGUUCGAGUAAGCUGUCAGAAUCUAAUCCUGCAUUUGUAAUAUACCUAAUUAAUUGUUGCUUUGUUUCUUUGCCAUCUAGCCCCGAAAAAAUCCACUUUAAACAACCACUCGUGUUGCUUCCCUAUAAAAAAUAGCUAACAGAGGCGGCGUACCUCAGUGGAAACCUGAAGUUCCGUGCUAGAUUAUGGUGCAUAAGAAGGUCAACGUUCCCAGCGAGACCCUAAUAGACCUCACUUUUUGAGUUAUUGCAUUGAUCUCCGAUUUAUAGAUAGCAUGUAGCCCUAGGUUUCUGACAGUUGUAUCUGGAAGUAGGUACACUCCCGCCUCCUAAUGGUUCUGGGAAUUGCUUUAGAAGAAGCUGUGAUGUAUUUCAACAAGAAGAUUUUUGGAUGCUUACCGGAUACUCAGCAUGUCUUUCUCGAUGAUCAAUCAUUUUUUUCGAUGGCUAGUGUACCCCGUAGAAUCUUUGCGAACUUUUGUUUGCAUAUUCAUGAGAAUGGGUACGUUUAUAGGCAUCAAGUAGACGUCGCAAUCAAACUCACGACUUUCUGUCAGGACCUUGUAGUUAAGAGGGUUAGAGCGUUGGCUGUACUAAAGCCUUGCCCCUUACUGCGUGGGUUCGAAUCCCACCGAGGCGCCGAGUUUUUCACAGUUGGGUCAAUAUGAACUUAAAAUAAUCUUCUCGGCACACGAGCUUUAGGGCUCGAUUUAACUUAGGCUCUCAACUUAACGUUGGAACUGUCUAUACUCACACCCGCUACUUCAGCAUGUAUAAAUAGUGCUGUGUUGAUGAAAAUUCCCUUAUUUACUCCACACAAAAGUACGAGACGAAACCUUUUAUGAGUGUUUUGUCGAUCUUCGGUGACUAAGUGGUACAUGUGCUCAGAUAUCGCCUGACAACUACGUACCCAGCGUCCCAUAUUUGACUUCAAGUCUCGUAUUAGUUAUUUGUACUUUCUUUGUUCGACGACUGGCGUUUGGACAUUUCUUAUGGAGCGUGACUGCGGAUAUCGAGUUUAUGAGCCCACCCAAUCCAGCUCUUUCAAGACAGGCUGGGAAAACAGCUUAUACUUACAUCUGAAAUAUAGCAUGUUCUAAUUUAAUCAACGUUUGGAAGCAAUCUUGCUGAAGUCCAUGCACGGGCGGUGCUAGUCAGGUAUCCGGCAUUGUUUUCACUGAUUUGCUGGUGACUGUCUGCCACGCAUUGGGAGGUUUGACCGGUGGAUCGUGAUUUGCCUUCCCUCCUUUGGACUCCGAUAGUGUGCCCUUUAUGCAUUUAAGGUUUAGCGUUUUACAUUUUACUUAUAUUCGACACUGAUCAGGGUAUUCGGGACCCAAACGUUUGUCUAGCUCCCAUGUGUUUGUUGGCUCAUCAGUAGAUCCGCUAGUACUGGCCGCAUGCCCUUGGACAUUACUGGUUAUAUCAAGUGUUUGCCUAGAAUUUAUACAAAGUCUGUACAAGUCAAAGGUCCCAGUUGUUUAGCAGAUUGUUUCGCGGCCGUGUUGUCUAAAUCCAGACGUCUUAUCGAUCGUCAGCAUCCGUUAUUAUUCAUGUGGUUUUUUCUGCCUAUUCUCUCAACCCUAGGUGAAAACUUUUGUCUAUCAUUUUGGAAGGAAAAGGAACCAUUCUGUUAA